AUGAUCGGACACAACCAACUCAGACGUUUAUCAAUUCUUGCCAAUCAUUUGUGCAGUGGUUUUGAUGUAAAUAAUCAAAGUAACAUCAUAGAAGAAAAUAGUACAAGUGGUGGAGGAAGAAUUUAUGAUCCAACACUUAAAACACCUCCUACCAUCAAAACAAGUUUUUCCCUCACUCAACAAGAUGUACAUUCAAUUGCCAAUAAUUUAUUAAAACCUGAUUAUGUAGAAUUGAGACAAAAAUUAUUGGAUUACUUUACAAAGAAUCAAGACUAUUUUAAAAUGUAUUCUGGUUAUGAUGCUAAAUUGGAAGAAUGUAGACAAAAAUCACAUGAUAGAGCAUUGAAAAUUCUCUCUCAAGAAUUUGUUUCUCCAAUUGAUAUUUUGAAAGAUCCAUUGAAAAUUUCUCUCUUUUUGAAUUCAAUUCCAACUGAUGUUAGUAGCUUGGUUAAAUUGUCAGUCCAUUUCAAUUUAUUUGGUGCUUGUAUUGCUCACUUGGGUACAACUGAACAAUUAGAUAAAUGGUUGGGUCCAAACAGUACAUUCUCAAAGGAACUUGGUUGUUUCCUCAUGUCUGAAUUGGCUCAUGCAAGUAAUGUUAGACAAUUGGCAGUUACUGCUACCUAUGAUUCUUCAAGAAAUGAAUUUAUUAUUAAUACUCCUGAUGAAGGAGCCCAAAAGUAUUGGAUUGGUAAUGCAUUCAAGAGUGCAACAAGUGGUGUUUUAUUUGCACAAUGUAUUGUUGAUGGUGUUAAUCAUGGUAUUCACUCAUUUGUUGUUCCAUUAAGAGAUCCAAAGACUAUGAAGGUUUAUGAUAACAUUUUAAUUCGUGAUGUUGGUAUCAAGAUGGCUUUGAAUGGUAUUGACAAUGGUAUGGUUGCAUUCAAUAAUUAUAGAAUUCCUGCAUCCAAUUUACUUGCCAGAUAUGCCAAGAUUAAUAAUGGAAAAUAUGAAACAACCAUUAAGAAUGAAAAUGUCAGAUUUGCCAAGCAUAUUGGAGCUCUUCUUCAAGCUCGUUUAGGUGUUGGUAGUGGAUCUAUUAAUGCUUUACAAAUGGCUUUAAUUGUUGCAAUCAGAUAUGCACAUAGAAGAGAACAAUUUGGUCCACCAAAAUCAAAUGAAUGGAAGUUAAUUGAAUACAAGACUCACCAAAUGAGAUUACUUCCACUUUUGGCUGAAUCAUAUGCUUACAAUUUCUUCUCUUCAUAUUGUAUGAAGAAAUAUGAAGAAUAUAUGAAGAGUGGAUUUAAGGAAGAAUUAUUGAAGAAUUUGCACUUGCUUGCUUCUGUUUCUAAGGUUGUUAUAUCUUCAAGAAAUUUGGAUAUUAUUCAAGAAUGUAGAGAAUCAUGUGGUGGUCAAGGUGUUUUAACUAGAAACCUUCUUCCAAUUCUUAGAGUUGACUCUGAAGCCAACGUUACUUUGGAUGGUGAUAACCACUUGUUGUUAUAUCAAAUCUCUGGUGUAUUGUUGACUGAAUAUGCCAAACAAUUCAAAACAUUACCAAAUGUCAAGAAUAAUGUAUUUAUGUCAGCUUUGACAAAUAUUGUUGGUCCAAGUGUUGAUGCUAUUAACUCAAUUUAUAUCAUUGGAAAGGAAGGUGUUAAUGAUUUCUGGAGAAAUGGAUUACUUACUCAUUAUGCUAACACUUCAAAGGAUCAUAUCCUUUCCAAAGAAUUCUUGAUGGGUGCUUUGCAAUACAGAGAAAAUAGACUUGUUCACACUCUUGCUUCCAAGAUGUACAAAUUGACUGAAAAAUAUAAGAGUUUAAAUAAUAACACUCACACAGCUCAAUACCUUGCCCAUAAUGAAGCAUCAACUCACAGUCUCAAUUGUGCUAAGGCUUAUUGUGAUAAGAUUAUUGGUCAAAUUUUCUUUGAACAACUUGAUUCUAUCAAAUCAUCCAUGGGUGUCUAUAGCAAUGUUUACAAAAUCAUGCAAACAAUGUGUCAACUCUUUGUCUUAUCCAUUAUUGCUAAGGAUCCAUUCUUCUUAGCCAAGAAGGUUGUUGGAGCAUCCAAAUUCAAAGCAAUUAAAAAGUUGAGAGAAGAAUUGGCCACAAGUUUAGCUGGAAACUCUUUACAAUUGAUUGAUGCCUUUGCUAUUCCAGAUUUUGUUUUGGAUGGCUCAAUUGGUGCCAGAAAUUUCCAUUACAUUACUUUGAAUGGUUACAAUCAUGAAAUUCAAGAUAUGUAAAAUAGAGUAUUUAUUCCC